AUUUCUAGCAUCAUGGAUACAAGGCUAAGUUAGGUUUGGUUUUAUGAUUCACGAGAUUAGUUUACAGUUACAAACGCAUAAAAUGGAGUACGUUCAAACUUCCGAGGAGGAAGAAACGAAAGGAAUGAUCCUUUGCUGCGAGUGCGGGGUUCUUAUUGAGCCGAAUCCUGCCAACAUGUGUGUAGGAUGCCUGCGUAGUCAUGUGGACAUUACCGAGGGCAUUCCCAAACAAGCGACCAUACAUUUUUGCAAGGGUUGCGAGAGGUACCUUCAGCCACCUUCCGAUUGGAUUCACGCCGCACUGGAAUCCAGAGAACUCUUGUCGUUGUGUUUGAAAAAGUUAAAGGGCUUGAACCGUGUGAAACUGAUUGACGCCAAUUUUAUAUGGACAGAGCCACAUUCAAAAAGAUUGAAAGUAAAGCUAACUGUUCAUGCAGAAGUAAUCGGAGGAACAGUCCUGCAGCAAGUAUUCGUGGUCGAAUACCUCGUGAAUAAUCAGAUGUGCGAAGAUUGUCACCGUACGGAGGCUAAGGAUUACUGGCGUGCAUGCGUGCAAGUCCGGCAGAGAGCAACAAACAAGAAAACCUUUUACUACUUAGAACAAUUGAUAUUGAAAAAUAAGGCACAUGACCAUACACUGGGCAUAAAGCCUAUUCAUGACGGUCUGGACUUCUACUUUGCGAACGAAGUGGCGGCCAGAAAAAUGGUUGAUUUUCUAACGACGGUAAUGCCAUGCCAGUAUCAACAUUCGAAGAAAUUAGUUUCACACGAUUGUCAUAGUAAUAUAUACAAUUACAAGUUUACAUUCUGUGUUGAAAUCGUUCCCCUCUCCAAGGACAGCGUAGUCUGCCUACCACGGAAGUUGGGUCUGCACUUGGGUGGCAUCAGUCCUAUUUGUUUGGUAUACCGAAUUACAAAUUCUGUACAUCUUAUAGACUUUGUAUCGGGGCAAAUUGCUGAAGUUAGUGCGACUGUCUACUGGAGAAAUAAUUUCAAUAGUAUAUGCGAUCCGAAACAAUUAACAGAAUACAUCGUGAUGGAUAUUGAACCGAUGAAAUGUAAUCAGAGAAAAGUUUUUCCGGGACAAGGGAUAAUCUCUAAUAAACACAUCAUAGCGGACGCAUGGGUAGUGAAAGCAUCUGAGUUGGGGAUAAACGAUAAUCCAAUUCACACGCGUACACAUUUAGGCCAUAUACUUAAACCAGGUGAUUCGGUACUUGGUUACGCUCUGAAGGACAGUAAUAUUAACGAUAGCAAUUUUGAGAAACUGAGUGAAGAUUUAAUACCAGAUGUCAUUCUGGUAAAGAAGUUUUACGGCCAUAACAAGGCGGCUCGUCGCAAGGCGCGAGUAUGGAAGCUGAAACAUAUUACUGACGAAGUGGCUAGUAUAAGUACAGAAAAUAACGAGUACAAUGAAUUCCUGGAUGAGUUGGAGGAAGACCCAGAAUUGAGGCAGAACAUCAAUAUAUAUCGAGACAUUCGGAAGCACAUCCCCGUUGAUACUAACGAGAUAGACGCGAGCAUUCCGCAGAUCACACUCGAGGAAAUGAUGGACGAUCUUAUGAUCGAAGAUUGAAAUGUCUGAAAUUUGCGAAGACUGAAAAACAACGUCGCAAAAUUGUUAACGCAAUGACGUCAAUUAUGAAUUAUCUCGGAAACUCGACGUUGCUUGUGAAAUUUGGCUUGCGAUGUCAUUUUCAGUAAUCCAAAUAUCUACGAGAAACAUCUUAUCUGAUUCAAAAUAAAAUUUUUGUGAAUUAAUGUAAUCUUCUUGCAAGAUAUCUGAGAUAUGUACUCACACUCUUCUAAUGCAACCGCAUUUAAAGAUCUAAAUGCAGCACGCGUAUAAAUAUGACACAUAUAAAUCGAUCGCUAUGAAAUCGAAAUAUUUUUAUGUCUAAGAUAAUCGUUCAAUUUAUUGUCCUAAUACAUAUAUUUUAUGUAUUAUAUCCUAAUAAAUAUAUUUUAUGUAUUAAUAAAAAUCCAGAA